AUGGGCAGAGGGAAGAUGGACGAGGCAGCGGCGGAGAGGAUUCGCAGGGCCAGGGGAGACAAGGACGAAUUCGCGAGGCGGGCUUCCGUCGCGGCCCGGCAGAACAAGGAGAGCGGACCGGGCAAGUCCGGCAAGAAGGAUGGGAAGAACGGUAAUGACAGUCGGAAAGAGGGUGGAGGGGGCGGCUCACAGAAGUGA